AUGUCGUCCUUUGAGAACCUCCUCAGAUCUAUCAUUCAAUCAGCUGCCAAGGACUUUGACGAGACCGUUGAUCGCGAUCCUACUGUCACCAGCGCCGAGGAUGGUACAGCUCGAGGCGACUAUCUUGAUUCCAUUCUCGCUCAGCAGAAAGCUCAACGCGAUCAACUAUGGAAGCAGUUACAUGAGUUGGAAGACCAGUAUCGCGAACGAGGCCUAGGCAAUAUGUACGAUCGAUCGCAAGAAGAUAAGAAAAUGUCGAUAUUACAACAUGAAGAGAAGGAACUUAGGACGGAGCUCAACAAACAAGUGGAGACUGUUGAGGACAUUGAACAAGUACAAGAGCCAAUUUCAGAGUUGCAGUACAAGGAAGAGCUUGAUACCAAUGUGAAUAGUCUAAGAGAUACGCUCGCUUUUCUCCAAAAGGAAUACGAUGAUACACAAGAAUCACUGGAACGGGAAGAGGUGUCCUUGCAAGAAUCAAAUCAGAUCACUGAGGAGUUGAAAAAGAAGCUGGAGAAGCUGGAGGAUUCAGCAGGAAAUAUGGAUCCGGGAAGGGAAAAGCGGGAUCGAUUUGCAGCUCUCAACGACACAUAUCGAGGCGUGAUUGAACACUUGAUUGAUUUCCUUGACGAAUAUUAUCCACCACACCCCGUCGAUCGCGUGAAAAAUGGGUCAACGGAUGGCCUACGAUCACGAAACGAAGGAGAAGAAAUGUGCGAGCUCAAGUUCAUUGUAGAAGAUUUGAUGAAUCUGCUUGUUGUUCAGCCUGAUAACCCGUACAUGAAGCUUGAACCAGGAACCUUUUGGUCGCCAUACAUUGAGACACUCAUCAAAGCUGGAAUAGCAAAACGACAUCCAGAGGAACCCAAACUGCUACGCUUGGUUGAUUUUCGUGAAAAAUAG